AUGGAGAGGCUAACGGUUUUUAUUGUAGCAAUUUUUGCAAUUUGUUUGCAAAAUGGUCUAGCACAAAAGGAUUUCAGCUAUUCAGAUUUUAAAGACUUUUUACAGAUCGGUGGAGAUGUUAAGAUUAUCGAAACAUCCCAUGCACGUUCCGGAAAAAACCUAGGAAAAUCCUUCGAAGAUGGCGUGAAUGAGUUUUUGAAAUCAAAUGACUUAUUGAUGGAAGUACCUUUUGGACAAACCGUUACUUUCAGUGGCAGAAAUUUGGAUAAUGGGGAAGUUGAUUUUAAGCUACGUUUGGGCUCUGGAAACGCGGUUGAAGGUCGCAAGAAAUCCAAAGUCAAGAAAGUUCUAGCUCCCAUCCUGAUAAUUUUGCUUUUGAAAGCCAUUACUUUAAUCCCUCUCGCCCUUGGAAUUUUGGGUAUUAAAACAUGGAAUGCACUUCAAUUAUCAUUUUUCUCCUUUGUUACUUCGGUUGUGUUAGCUGUUUGGAAAAUUUGCUCGAAGUUCUCUGACCACCACCAUGCUCCACAUGUCGUUCACGAAUCGGUCCACAUACCUCACGCCUAUCAUGACAGUCAUCACGUAGUUCACCACGAUCACCACGAUCAUGAUCACCAUGAUCAUCAUAUUGUUCAUCAUGAACAUGAUGAUCACCAUCACGAUCCAUGGGACCAUCACUAUCACAGGUCUGACGAUAGCUCACAACAAUUAGCCUAUAACGGUUAUGUACCUGAGAAUAGAAUGUAG